GCCCGACUUCAACGGCCUAUUCAGAGCCACUAGUCAGUGCCUCUGUAAUCUUUUCCAGAUCAAUCUCUCCCUCCCAGCCCACACAAAAGUGAACUCCUCGACACAGAGAGAGGGAGAGUAGUCGACAAAUCGACCAUGUCUGUAGCUCCAAGCAGCUAUACUUAUCUCUGUUCUUCUCUACCAUUGGCAAGAACCGCCUCUUCCUCAGCCAAGGCAAACCCUUCUAUACCAACCCAAUUUGUGAAAUCUUUAUCCAAGGCCAACCCGUCUCUUCCGAGCCCUUCAAUCAGCGCUUUCUGCAAUACCCAUUUGGUUCAGACCUCCCGUUUGAUCGUUAAAACCUCGGAAGCCGAGGCUACGACGUCAAAUUCGGGCGGCGAAGCUGAGUAUGAAGAGUACGAGGUUGAACUGGUGCAGCCGUAUGGGUUGAAGUUCAGGAAAGGAAGAGAUGGCGGAACUUAUAUUGAUGCCAUUGGAGCCGGUGGAUCGGCGGAUAAGACUGGGAUGUUCACCGUUGGGGACAAAGUACUUGCCACCAGUGCAGUGUUUGGAGAAGAGAUAUGGCCUGCUGCUGAAUAUGGGAGAACCAUGUACACCAUUCGCCAGAGAAUUGGUCCAUUACUUAUGAAAAUGCAGAAGAGAUAUGGAAAGGUGGAUGAAGUGGGUGAGCUCACUGAAAAGGAGAUUAUCAGAGCUGAGAGGAACUCUGGCGUAAUCAGUGACAGGGUGAGGGAAAUACAGUUGCUAAAUUCUACGAGGAAGAAAGAGCAGAAACAACAGAGAGAAAAGGACCUUCGUGAAGGGCAGCAGCUUUAUAGGAAUGCAAAAUACGAAGGAGCAUUGGAGAAAUUUGAGUCAGUGUUGGGGUCCAAGCCAGAUUCAAAUGAAGCUGCAAUAACAAGUUUCUUUGUUGCUCGUUGCUAUUCUAAACUUAAUCAGAUACAAGCUGGACUUUCUGCACUUGAAGAUGCCUUAGAGGCAGGAUUCGAAGAUUUCAAGAGAAUCCGGACAGAUCCUGACCUAGCAAACAUCAGAGCAUCGGAAGAAUUUGAUCCUCUUCUAAAAAGGUUUGACGAAUCAUUUAUUAAUGAGAAUGCCAUCAAUGCAAUCAAGUCUCUGUUUGGAUUCAACAAGAAGUAAAGCCACGGAGUAAUUCCCACCAUGGAAAACCCGGUUCUGUUGUCGCUUAAAACAUUGCAACUGAACUGACACAUGCAUUGGGCACACAACAUCUGGAGCCUUUUGCAGAUGGUUUGCCUGUUUGCUUGUAGCUUUAGAUGAGUAAAUUUUGAAGAGCUCAAAUUAACUUUCCUUUUCUGUUUUUGAUUGCUCUCAAUUGUCCCCUCCAGUACAAUUCUCUUGUGUAAUUAUCUGGAGUACAGAACUGGAGAAUUAUAAGAAAUCAUACUUUCUUCA